GAGGAGUCAAGCGAGGGAAGGAGCAGCUGGAGUCCAACACUUCGCCCUCUCUCUCUUCUCCUCGGAAAAAGCGCACAAAAUGCACUAACUCUCCACGCGCUUCUCUGACGCUUCUGUUGUUUUUACGCACAUCUGCGGUCUGCUAUCGGCAGAUAUUAUCGGCAGACUGAUGGUGGUGGUCCGGCGGUGGUUGAACACAGCAAACUGUGAGAAGGAGGAGAAAGACACACAAGAACGCAAACUCUGGCAGCGACCGUCUGGAGUUGGACUUGCAGCGUGAAAAAAAAGUCCCAGGCAACUCCAGAGGCACAUCUGCAACUUAGGAAGAGGGGAAGAAGAAAGAAGACAGAUCGUUUUCUCCCACAAGAUAAUCAGCAGAGUCACUAGGAAAGAAUUAUCCCGUCUCCAUGAGGUAUUGAGGAAUGAGCAAUCGCUAUGGAAACCCACUCCCAGGCCAGUUCAGCAGCUGAGAAGAAGAAGAGGGUGGAGACCAUUGUGGCGACCAAGGGCUCAUCAGCACGGAAUGACAUCAGUGAGAAGGCCGUGGCCUCCAGCACCACGUCAAACGAGGACGAGAGUUCAGGCACGCCGUACCACCGUGAGAGGCGCAAUGCUAUCAGCUCCCAGGCCCCGACCCCCGGAGAGGAGCCCUCCACCUCCACGGACGAGCGCCCGUCGUUGCUCAAGAAGGAGCUGCACGGCUCUCUGCCCCACCUGGGUGACCACGCGCUGCCCUACCGAGGGACCCUGUUCGCCAUGGACCCCCGCAACGGCUACCUAGACUCGCACUAUCCUGCGCCACAGUUCUUCCCCACCUUCCAUCCUCCUGUGCCCAUUGACGACAGACACGCCCAGGGCCGCUACAUCUACGAGCCGGCGCCGGUGCCACCGCUUCACAUGCCUCCUGCGCUGGCGGGCAGUCCGGCGUUCUCCGACAUCUCCCUCAUCCGGAUCUCGCCCCAGCGGAACCCCUCCGUGGGGGCGGAGUCGCCGUUCCAUCCGCCGCAUCCCUACAUGAACCCAUACAUGGACUACAUCCGCUCGCUCCACAGCAGCCCGUCCAUCUCCGUUCUGUCAGCCACCCGGGGCCUCAGCCCCGCAGAUGCCCCUCACGCCGGUCUGACCACAGCUGAGUAUUAUCACCAGAUGGCCCUGCUGGCCGGGCACCGCAGCCCCUACACAGCCGACCUGCUCCCGUCCGUAGCGUCCACCGCCGGCGCCAGCAACGCCAGCGCCCUGCACAUGGAGUACCUGCAGGCCAUGGACGGUUCUCGCUUCCCGAGCCCGCGGCUGCCGUCGCGGCCCAGCAGGAAGCGGCCCCUGCCCAUCUCGCCGCUCUCCGAGCACAGCUUCGACCUGCAGACCAUGAUCCGCCACUCGCCCAACUCGCUCGUCACCAUGCUCAACACCUCGCGCUCCAGCUCCUCCACCAGCGGCUCCUACGGGCACCUCUCCGCCGGGGCCAUCAGCCCCGCGCUGAGCUUCGCCUACCCUCCGACCCCGGUGGCUCUGCACGUGCACCAGCAGCUGAUCGGCCGCCAGCCGGGCAUCGUGGGCUCGGCCUUCGGCCACAGCCCGCCGCUCAUCCACCCGACGCCGGCCUUCGCCACCCAGAGGCCCGUGCCGGGCAUCCCUCCCUCGGGGCUCAGCGCCAGCGAGCGCUCGGCCAUCUCCGGCGACUCCUCGCAGACCAAGCCGACGAGCGAGUCCGCGGUGAGCAGCACCGGAGACCCCAUGCACCACAAACGCUCCAAAAUGAAACCGGAGGAGGAGAUGCCGAGUCCCGGAGCAGUGAGCGUCCAGGAUCACCCGGACGGGAUGACUCUGGUGAAGGAAGAAGGGGACAGAGAUGAGAGCAAGCAGGAGCCAGAGGUGGUUUAUGAGACCAACUGCCACUGGGAAAACUGCUGCCGCGAGUUUGACACACAGGAGCAACUUGUGCAACACAUCAACAAUGACCACAUCCACGGGGAGAAGAAGGAGUUCGUGUGCCGGUGGGAGGAAUGCUCUCGAGAGCAGAAGCCCUUCAAGGCACAGUACAUGCUGGUGGUCCACAUGCGGAGACACACUGGGGAAAAGCCACACAAGUGCACAUUCGAAGGCUGCACCAAGGCCUACUCGCGUCUGGAAAACCUUAAGACCCACUUGCGUUCCCACACAGGAGAGAAACCUUACGUGUGUGAGCACGAAGGCUGCAACAAAGCCUUCUCCAAUGCCUCCGACCGGGCAAAACAUCAAAAUCGCACGCACUCAAAUGAGAAACCGUACGUGUGUAAAAUCCCAGGCUGCACCAAGCGCUACACGGACCCCAGCUCCCUGCGGAAGCACGUGAAGACCGUGCACGGGCCCGAAGCGCACGUCACCAAGAAGCAGCGCGGCGACUACCCGCGGCCCCCGCCCCAGCCCCGGGAGCCGGGGGGCAACAGCCAGGGCCGCUCGCCGGGACACCUGCCCCUGGGCGCAUACGUGGACCAAAGGGAGUACAACCACGCUACCUCAAAACAGGACGAAUGUCUGCAAGUCAAGUCCAUCAAGACAGAGAAGCCCAUGACGUCUCAGCCAAGCCCUGGCGGUCAGUCUACAUGCAGCAGUGACCAGUCCCCCGUCGGCACCUAUCCCAGCAGUGGAGUCCAGCUUGCUGUGAGCGCCGGACGCUCGCCAGGGGAGGGGCUGGUGGAGGACGAGGAGGACGAUGAAAACGCAGGAGAGGCGGAGGAGGAGUGUGAGGGGGAGCCAGCCCCCAUCAUGGACUCCACCGUCUCCACAGCCACCGCGGCCAUGCUGACCCUGCAGGCGAGGCGAAGCGUCGGUCGCCCCCUGCGCUGGAUGGAGCACGUCAAGAUGGAGAGGCUGAAGCAGGUGAAUGGAGCGGUGCCCAGGCUGGGGCCCCUGUCCCCUACGCCGCCCCCCAGAGGUUCCACGCUACCUAACAUCCUGGGGAAGGGAUCCUGUCUGGGCCGGUCGCUGGGGCUGCCCACCCCUCAGCCACCUGCUCACGCCGAGCUGGGCAGCACGGAGCUCACUGUGCUCACUUUGCUCCGGGACCGACGCGACAGCAGCGGCAGUGCCACCAGUUCGGCCUACCUGAGCAGCAGCCGGCGCUCCUCGGGCAUCUCCCCCUGCUUCUCCAGCCGGCGCUCCAGCCAGGCUUCUCAGGGCGAGGGCACGAUGGCAGCCGCCCACCACCGGCGUAUCCACAACCUCAGCUCCACUGAUUCCUAUGACCCCAUCUCCACCGACGCCUCCCGCCGAUCUAGCGAGGCCAGCCAGUACGGGGGUGGGGCAGGGGGAGGCGGGGGAGGCGUGUUCUCAGGGGGCGGGUGUGGAGGUGUCGGAGCGGUAGGCGUGGGGGGAGGAGGGUCAAGGGGGGUGUUUAAUUUAACCCCAGCACAGCACUAUCACCUGAAAGCCAAGUAUGCAGCAGCGACCGGUGGCCCGCCGCCGACGCCUCUGCCCAACAUGGAGCGCAUGAGCUUGAAGACUCGCAUGGCCAUGAUGGAUGAGGGCGGUAGCGACCACUGCUUGCCGCCUCUUGUCAGGCCCCAUCAGUGUAGCGAUGGCACCAGUGGGUACGCCAACGGCCAUGCGGGACAUGCCGUCUACAGGAGGAGGGUCCUCUACCCUGGCGAGGGAGCACUGAACGGGACCCGGAGGGCCAGUGACCCGGUGCGGACGCACGCUCCUGAUAUUUGCACUCUGCCCCCAGUGCAGCGCUUCAGCAGCCUUAACAACCUCCACCCUCUUCCGCCUCUGUCUCACCACUCGUCACCCGAAAUUCACAACUUCAGCCUACAGAACUAUACCUGCUCAGAAGGGAACCUUCAGAGGCGCCUGCAGCACUCGCCCUACACUCCAAGCAUUACGGAGCACGCAGCCUUAGAGGCCUUGGCCAUGGACGAUGAUGGGGACGCCGGCCUAUUGCUUGGCGAUGAGGAAAUGCUGCCAGACGACCUGGUGCAGUAUCUUCACUCCCAGGUUCAGGUGGACGGUGGCCCCUAUAUGCAUGAAGACCAAAUACCUUCCACCCAAAGGAAUGCAUCUCUGGAGGGACUGGAAUCGAUCCAGACGGGGCUAAACAUGACCCUCCCUGGGACCCAGAUCCUCCAUCAGCAGCAGCAGCAGCAGCAGCAGCAGCAGAUAGCCAAGCGAAAGAGUCCCAGUAAGCUUCCAAUCCAGUGGAAUGAAGUGAGCUCUGGGAGUGCUGACAGGUCGCCUCCAAGGGAGCAAAGCCACCAGACACAGUGUGCAAGGUGGUCAGGCACAGAACCUGGACCUGCAUCUGCACCUUUUGGCAGGUUUGGAAACAUGGUGGUUCAGCAACAAGUGUCCCUUGACUUACAGAACAAUAGUGCUCAAACCAACUCGUCUCAAAGUGCUUUCUGUGUCAACUCUGGGGUGAAGAUAGAGCCCUUGCCUAAUUCCUGCAUGGAGAUGAGAGGCGGUGGUCACGGCUCUGCUAACACCUUUACUAGGCCCAAUUUCACACAGGUCCUUGACGGUUCUCUUCCACAGGGUUUCAAACAACAGGCCUCCAAUGGAGCUCUGAAACAGAACCAGUUCCAGCUAAGCCACGACGGCUCUUGUCAGGUUGGAAACAACCUAAUCCUGAGCAGGGAAACCGUCGACAACCUCUCAAGUGUCUCUAGGGGACCUGCUCUUUAUCAGAAUCGACAGGUCCAUGCCCCUUGUCCACCAGUCAACGCUCACAGGAACUCGGUCAGGGCCCAGCAGUACCUCAAUUCAAAGAGCGCUAAUGAAAUCCAGACUAGCCUCAACCAGCAACAACAGCUGCAGAGUGGCGACCACUGUGCCCUCGCACACCAGGUAUCUGGACUGAAGUUGGAGGCCCCAGACCAUGGGUUCUUAGAACAGGGCUUCGGGGAUUCCCUCCCUUUUGAUCCAGUGGAUCGUAAACCCUCGUCCUACCCUUCCCUGGAGGACCGCUGCCUGCUUGAGGCCAUGGCGGAGUCUGUGGGAGAUGGCGGCAGCAGGAAUUCCGUGGCUCUCCUGUCUCCUGGUACAGACCAGGUGACCAGCACGGUGGACGGCAGCAUGCCUGCUGUGCUGGAUGAGGCGGUAGGCCUGGACUUUGGUAUUAUGCUGGAGGACGGCUAUGACCAGGGCAGCUUGGCCUCGGGGGUGCUGAGCCCCUCCAUCUUUCAGGGUCUGUCCAGGACGUCAUCACGCCUCACCACUCCCCGUGCUUCUGCAACUUUCCACAGCGUGGCCCCUGGCCUAAACAACAUGGCUAUUGGAGAUAUGAGCUCCCUCCUCACAACCCUUGCUGAGGAGAGCAAGUUCCUAGCUAUCAUGCAGUAGCUGCUUUAUCCCUCUCCCGCUCUCUCUCUCUCUCUCUCUCUCUGCUUUCUCCUCUCUUAGGAAAAUGGAAAAAAGGAAGAGUAAAACUGUGGUGUAUGUGAAGAUUAAGAUAAAAGUGACAAAUAUGAGAACUUAUGUACUUAUGUUCUGGCGGUUGCCAAAUCCAUUUAUACUGUACAAAUAUCUCACAAAGGAAUGAGAUGUGUCAAAAUUAUGUAUAGAUGAAUAGUUAUAUUCCUUUUAUGGAAUGGAGGCUAUUUUUGGAAGCCCUUCAGUUUGUAUUACUAUGUGACGUUGAGCAAAACCUCACUUCUUUGAAACAGUAUUCUGUGUUGUCGCUGUUGGUAAAAAUGCAUGCGUGCCAGACUGAACACUGAUCGCCGUCUAUGUGAGAGCACAGACGCGCCAUCGAGCAUCGAACGUUCUCCAACAGGACACUGAAUCCAUUCUCGUUCCAACAGGUGAGAUGUGGGUCGAGAAUUAAACAGGCUCUGAUCUUAACGUUAUAUAUCAUAGGUUUUAAUAAGUGAUAUAUUUACAUUUGUUUUCAUUUUGUUAAUAUGUUCUUUUUGUGAAUCUGUAAAUGUUACAGUGCUUCUACCAGUUUUUAAUCCAGUGGUGUUUCUUUGUCAACAUGGUUUUGAACCAAUUGAUGGACAGCACAUCCAAGUUUCAAGGCACCACAGAUCGUUGCCUACUUGAUAUGUAACCGGCUCGGUUUAGUUAGUCUGGUGCGGUACUUACAAAUGUAUAUAACAGUGUUUUUAUAUUCUGUUUGUGAUAAUCAGAUUCUUGAUGUUGGGACAGUUUUCCGUGGUGAUCAGACGUCCCACGGUGCGCUUAAAUAGUACUUUAUGGUUUAAAUCUGUUUUAAUGACCAGCAGUGGUCCAGCCCACAUACAUUUUGCUCUGUAAAGUGGUGUCUUGUUUUAUAGGAAAUCAUUGGUAUUGUUUCCUCCAAAGCUCUGUCAUUCAGAAUGUGUACUGCCACCAAGUAUUGCAGUGACUGUCAACAGUGUUAGUGUUGCCUUGCAGUCAUGCGCGACUGCACAAAGAAUAAUAAGUAGAUUACUUUUUGUUCAGCAUCAGAGCAAUGAGGUACGUAUUGUUUUACUGUCGUUUUGGUACUUUGCCAAUUUUGUAGCUGUGCAUUGAUUGUGAUUUUCUUUUUUUUUUUUUGAAGAAGUAGAAAUGAUUCCCUUCAACAGAAGGGAAUUACAUUGAGGUAUGUGCCUUAUACGUAUCUGCCUGUCGGUAAAGAAUGAUCACUGCCAAUCUUCCAUUGUGAAUUAUAAAAAACAUAAACAUUUAACAUGUAAAGUCUUGUGAGACGUGACAGAAUCUUUAUAUAAGAAAAGUCUGAAUAUCAGAAAAGUUCAUGUUUGCAAAAAGCAAACAUUCUACGUUCCUUUGGCAUUUUUUUGUUUGUUUGUUUCACAUCUAUUGUGCGUUUAUAUAUAAUGUGUAAAUACAAUAAUCUUUCUGUAGGUUUAGCAGAGAACAUGGAGAGAAUCCUGGGGCCAAUAAAGAAUCGACUUGGCCCCAGGUAAAGGCCAGAGAGAUCUGGCUCAGAGUGGAGCUUCAGGUGCCCAGCACUGCCCCUCUGCCAGAAGAGCCACUUUGCUCUUUUAUAACUGACUACAAAUGUUUGUAUGGUUUUAAUAAAAAAAAAAAAGGAA